AUGUCCGCCCCAGCCUUCGAGCCUACUCCCAACCAAUCCCAGUCCAACCCCAAUCUCGGGCCGGCACUCUCCUCCCUUCUCAGCCGCAACGAAGCCUUCUCCAGCAACAUCGCAAAGGACAAGCCGGAUCUCCUCGCUGCCAUUAGCAAGGGACAGGCACCCAAGGUGUUCUGGAUCGGGUGCGCCGACUCUCGUAUGCCAGAGGGGACCAUCUGCCAGACGGACCCAGGAGAGAUCUUUACCGUGAGGAACAUCGCGAACCAGUGGAAUGAGAACGACGACUCUGCCAAUGCGGCAUUGACGUUUGCGAUUGAGGCUUUGGGCGUAGAGGAGGUCGUCGUCGUAGGCCACACCUCGUGCGGUGGAGUCUCCGCAGCAAUCGAUGCUGCCCUCGCCGGAGCAUCUGCAGGCACUCCUACCACCGCUUUGCAGCGCUACCUCGUCCCCCUCGCCCAGCUCGCUGGUGAGCUCAUCAAGAACGGCACCGUAGCAGCCGAUGCGCCCAAGGCCGAGUUCGCGCGCAAGCUCACCACGGCCAACGUGCUCAAGCAGGUCGAGAACCUGAGGAAUAGCGAGGUAAUUCAGCGCAACUGGAAGACGGGGGAGAGCACGCUCGUCAAGGGCAGGAUGUGCAAUAAGGUCAGGCUGCAUGGGUAA